AUGUCAGGAAAAGACAUCACGCUCUGGACCCACGCAUUUGCGCCGAACGGAUGGAAAGUGAUAUGCGUCUUGAACCUACUGGGCUUGUCGUACGAGUCCAAGUACCUCGACUUCAGGAAACAGGAGCAGAAAUCUGCUGAGCACGUCAAGCUCAAUCCGAACGGGCGCAUCCCAACGCUCGUCGACCACAGGAACGGCGACUUCAUCGUCUGGGAGUCCAAUGCCAUUUUACUAUACCUCGUCGACACUUAUGACGAGGGGCACAAGAUCUCCGUCACCGGACAGGAUUGUUUCAUCCUGAACCAGUGGCUCUUCUUCCAAGCGUCUGGACAAGGGCAAUACGGACAAUUCGGAUGGUUCGCGUCGCUCCAUCCUGAGAAGAUUCCGAGCGCCAUCGAGCGAUAUCAGAAAGAAAUUAUUCGCAUCCUGGGCGUUCUCGAGAGCGUACUUUCGAAGCAAGAGUGGUUGGUCGGCGGUAAGAUGACCAUCGCCGAUACGUCAUUCAUCAUUUGGCACCAGAAGAUGACCGCACUUCCGAUGAUCAAGGAGCCGCUCGCGAAGGAGUUCGAGAACAUGAAGGCUUCCAUCGCGGCGUCUCGCUAG